GGUUCUCGGCGCAUUGUCCCAUCUCAUCCCUAGCGCCGAGGUUCUUUCCUUUUGCAAUCCCGUCACAGUCGGCGAAUGGAAGUUUACUAUUAAAGUGAACGAAUAGAUGCUCCAACAAUGCCCAAAGUGAUCAGUUACACGCCUCCGUGGCUCUCACGCCCUUCUCCCGGAGCCUCAUUGUUUUCAAGCUCAGCACCGAAAAUUCCUGAAAAUCUCUCAGACAAAAUUCGCCAAGAUGUUGGUUACACUGGGCCUACUCGCAUACUGGCAAAGAGGGGUAAUGAAGCAUUUACCGUGGUAGACAACCAGAUCCGCUGGUCAAGCUUAACGCGGCUGAAGGACGAAUGGCAACAACAGACAAGGUCGAGGAAAGGCUCUCUAGACAAAGAAGAAAAUCCAGAAGGACAGACGAAUGUUAGCCGCAAUGUUCAAUACAGGGUUUUGGUGGUUCCAGUUUACGAACAAAUUCGCCAGCUGAUCCCCUCUCCUAAUGGCGCUUUUCUGGCUGUCGUCGCAGAUCAUACGGUAUAUAUUGCCGUGCUACCAGACCCUUCUCACCUUUCUGGGACAGACAGCACGCCGAUUCGGGUCAAGACCUACCAGCUUGGCCCUACAACGCAUGUGAUACCUGAGUCGCCGGUGGUAUCAGCUCUAUGGCAUCCACUCGGCGUUCACAGCAAUCUUGGAGGUUGUAUCGUUACUGUCACGGCAGAUGCUGCGGUGCGUGUUUGGGAACUGGACCGGAAUAGCCAAUGGUCGUUCGACCGUCCCACCCUGGCAGUUGACUUGAGGAAAUUGGUGGAUGGCACCUCUUCGGACCAGGACUUCUCACCUUCUGGUUUUGGAAAGAAUAAGGGAUUUUCUGCUGAUUAUGUUGAUAUGGAGGUUGCAUCCGCUUGUUUCGGAGGCAUUGGCAAUGAAAGAGAGGACGCCUGGGCACCAAUGACCUUAUGGAUCGCAAUGAAGCCGGGUGACCUCUACGCCCUUUGCCCGUUACUGCCUUCGAAGUGGAGAGCACCAGCCACUACCAUUCCUUCGUUGUCUGCGGCUAUUAUUCCGAAGUUGGCAGCUCUGGAGGAGCAUCCAGUUGAUUCUGGUGAUGAGCUGACUGCCUGUCGGCAACAGUACGACUGGUUGACGGAAAUUGAUAAUCAAGAGCCCUUGCAUAUAGUCCAUGAUUCAGACGCAGGUCCGGAGUUAGAAAUUCUUACUCGUCCUGCCAACCCCAGUGCGAUCCCCAGGUUACAAGGGCCUUUUCGUAUAGACACCGGCGAUGAAGUUGAUGAUUUGGAUCUCUGCGACCUUCAUGUCAUUGCUGCCAAAGUUGAUGUCGAUGUUCUCAUGAUGGGCGAAGAAGAUGAACUCGCACUCGAGGACAAUGGAGAGGACCAACUAUCGGCUACUAUCGUCUGCCUCUCAACAGGAAGUGGAAGAAUUCAUGUUUGUCUCGAGCUCGACGGUGUAGAGGGGCAGUGGCUUCCCAGAGCUAGAAGGAAUGCUUUCAGCACCCCCCUCUCAGAGCCCUCUGAUCUAAUUCUGGUAGAAUCUUUGGACACUAUGAGGGAGGAACAGCAGUCAUUGGAGAACUGGCCUACAUUUACGAAAGAUGUUCAUUCACGAUACGGCUUGUUUGUGACCACUGAGACUAAUGUAACCUUUAUCUCCCUGUCUUCGUGGGUGCAGAGACUUGAAGCGGAACUUCAAUCCGAGGACACCAGUGGUUCGGGCUUCCGCCUACAAGUUCUCUGUGAGGGUACUAUGUCUCUAAGAGAACGCAUCAUUCAGGCAGAUGAGAGCCAUAAGAGUAUGACAGAACAGUCAGGCCAUCUGUCAUCCUCGGUAGUUUACUACGAUUACGAUCUAGGCUACUUACUGCUGACCUACCAUGCUUCUCAUCCCUAUGCUGCUAUCAUGGAUACCCCUGAAGUUUCGUUUCCGCCACUGACCGAGCUGAAGAAUUUUGAUACAGAUGCUCGCGUUCCUGGUUCUCCCGUAUUGCCUCCUCGACGACCCCCUUACCAGGUCCCGGCUAUCUUCUACUCAGACUCCCCUCUUGAAUUCUUUGUUGACAAACAUAUUCCACACCGUCAACGCCACACUCUCAAAGAACAAGUCCGUCUGUCUCCAGCGACAUUGGACUUGGUAGCCGCUGCACAUAGGAUCCUGUCUACUCACACUAACGCUCUAGAAAGGGCGGCAUCAGACUUGUUCCGCCGGUGUGAACGGUUGCAGGGAGAAAUGCAGGAGCAAUUGAAACAGCUUUCUGACGUGUCUGAACGGAUCAAGGGUGUAUCGAGCGAGGUUGGUGAAGACGGAGAGCGGAAGGAGGGCUCUAGGAGCGGUGAGGCCUUGGAUAAGAGACUUCAAGCAGCGAAAGACAGACAAGACCAGCUUGUGCAGAGAUAUGAGGCAAUCCGUACUAAGGUCCUAAAAUCCGGUGGAAGGCCCCUCAGCGAGAAGGAGAAGUCCUGGGUGGCGGAAGUGGAAGCACUAUCGGGAUCAUUUGGAGAGUCGAAACAAGAAGACCGAGAGGAUGGCCAGCAGCUGUCUGAACGACUUGAGACCGUGAAAGAAAUCGCAGUCGAUCUCCUGGCUGACGCCAAAUCCGUAGCGGCCAGGGCACCUACAGCACCCGAACCUGGCAGUCCAGCGUCUCCUGGAGGAGCUCAGCCCAGAGUUCCCCAGAGACUGCAGAGGGCCAAGAUUGCAGAUGCAAUGAAAAUGGUGGAACGAGAGUCUGCUGUGAUUGAAGCAAUUUCGUCCCGGCUGGAACGAUUGAACGCUAGUAUAUGAAUAAGUAUGAUUAUGUAUACUUGUUAGUCUUGGGGGUCAAGCAAAGAGAAAUGAAUGGACGCUCUACAGUUAUGCCAGCUUAGCUC